AUGGCGUUCGGAAUCUUGGAGCCAAAGACUGCCUCACAUGUGCCCGGAACGGUCUUGUUAGACCAGCAGGCUGCUCACUCAGAAGCCACCACCGGUCGCCUCAAGCAUGGCAAGGGGCGUAACAGUAAUAUCGUCUUGGCUCCCCAGCCGUCUGAGGAUCCCAAUGAUCCUCUCAAUUGGAGUCAGAUGAGGAAGUACUUCGUGAUCUCCAUCAUCUUCUUUGGCGUCAUCAUCGUAGCAGGAGUGCCAGGUCCCAUACUCAACCCAGGUAUUGUCCAAGUGGCUAUGUCACUCAACAAGGACUUCACGACCGUUGCUCAGAUGUCGGGCUACACCUUACUUGCGACGGGCGCAAUGGGUCCCUUCGUCUCAGCGCUCGGUCGCAAGUAUGGCAAACGCCCGGUAUAUGUGUUCUCCUCUGUCAUCGGCACUGUGGGCGUAAUCGUGUCCGAGACAGCUUCCGGCUACAAUACUCUCCUUGCUGGCCGCAUUCUGCAGGGCGUAGGCAUUCCAGCAUAUGAGUCGUUGGCAAUCAGCAGCAUUGGCGACCUCUUUUUCGUACACGAACGAGGUGCUCUGGUUGCGAUUGUCAUCUUCCUCCUCGCUGCAAUCUCCAAUGGGGUUCUCCCUUUUGCUGCGCUCCAGACGAUACUUGUCAUAUUGUUCGUGGAGGAGACUAGUUACAACCGCCGUGCCAUUUACGAGAUCGACACGGCAGGUUCGGAAGAGAACCUAGAGAAGCUCGCCGAAGUUGAGGGCCGUGCGGCACAGCACUUGGAGAAGCGGAAUGCCGCCACAGCAGACAGAGACGUCGAGCAAGAUUUCGGUCCUACCAUUACCCACACCUCGACUGUCGAAACCAUUCCACCAAGGAAGACCUUCGUCCAGCGUCUUGCUCUGUACAAUGGCACCUACACAGAGGACUCAGUCUUCAAGAUGGCGCUCGCAUCGGUGGCAAUUCUGCUCAAUGCCGGCGCCGCCUACCAGGUCUUCUCGACAGGAUUCAUCAUUGCUUGGUAUGUCGCCGUGGCCAUCAUCAGCGGCGUUAUUUUCGCAUCUCCGCCCUACCUCCUGGGAUCAGCAGCGAUCGGAUAUCUCUCCGCCGGUCCUCUGAUAGGUGGACUAUUGGGCUCUGCUGUUCCCUUCUUCGUGACUGAGCCAUUCAUCAAGGCUCUGACUCGACGCAACAAUGGUUACUAUGAGCCAGAGUUCUGCUUGAUCCCUACCACUAUUAGUGGCGUCAUCACCGUUGCCGGACUCGUUGGAUGGGGCUUCACCGUGCACAAUGGACAGAGCAUCUACCUCGCGGCGUUCCUGUGGGGUUUGAUGCUGUUCGGUAUGGCCUGGUUUGCAACCUCUGCCACUUCUUGGGCGCUCGAUGCCUACCGCCAGAACAGUACGGAGGUUUUUAUCAUGAACAUGGUAUUCAAGAACUUCUUCUAUUAUGGGUUGACAAACUAUGUCAUUGACUGGUAUCUUGGCUACGGAGCCAUCCAGAUGGUGGGUAUCAUGUCUGGAGUCGUUGCCUUCUGGGUCUUGAUGGCAAUUCCACUAUAUGUCUUCGGCAAGAGAUAUCGCCUCUGGUGGCACAAGCACAAUGCGCUUAAGGCACUCAAGCUGGAGACCCAGGAUAAUGGUGGCAUGGCGCACUGA